GUGGGUUUUAAUGACUAAAAGGAAGGGCAUUGAAUUCUAUAAUUUUCGAUAUGAGAUAAGUACUCUACAACCCUUUGUUUUUAACUAUUGAUCAACAAAUUUCAACAACACAAAUCAAACCAGCUUUUUUUCUUGCAGUAAUUCCAAAUGGCCGAUACUGAUAUUCAAUCCGGAUGUAUUGGAGGCAGCAGCUUGGUAGCCAGCUUAGCAUCAGAAGAGGUUGAGUUUCUCUUAUCACCUCGAGCAAAGGUACCCUUACAAUCACUCCAUGGGAAGAAAAUUUGUCUCUUCUUCUCCGCAAACUGGUGCAGGCCAUGUAAGAGUUUUACUCCUCUGCUUCUUCAACUUUUUGACACCUUAAGAAAAAAACGUCAAGAGUUAGAGAUUAUCUUCAUCUCCUUCGAUCACGACGAGCAAGAAUUCAAUGACUACUAUAAGUGCAUGCCAUGGCUUGCUGUUCCAUUCAAUUCAAAUCUUCACAGAAAAUUGAGUGAAAAAUAUCAUGUCGAUCGGAUCCCUUCACUUAUCCCACUAAACCCAGAUGGGGUCUCAGUCGAAGACGACUCAAUUGAUCUGGUUGAAGACUACGGAGCUGAAGCAUAUCCUUUCACUGCUCUGAGAAGAGAACAGCUGAAAGCCAUUGACCACGCCAAGCGCAGAGGAGCCAAGAUUGAAGAACUGUUAGCGCAUGAUGAACAAAGCUACGUCGUUUCAAGAGAUGGCAGAAAGGUACCGAUAAGUCAACUGGUUGGGAAGACAAUAGGGCUUUACUUCGGCGCAUAUUGGUGUCCGCCAUGCCGUGCGUUCACCGGACAACUUACAGAAGCUUACAACGAGCUGAUAGGCACGACCAAAAGAGACAGUUUAGAAAUAAUAUUGGUAUCGACCGAUAGAGACCUCAAAGAAUUCGAAGUCAACAUGAGCAGCAUGCCAUGGCUAGCAAUUCCAUACGAGGACAGAAUCAGACAAGACCUUGGCAGGAUCUUUAACGUUAAAGGAAUUCCAGCUCUAAUCUUCAUCGGACCAGAAGGGAAGACAGUGAGCACAAAUGGGAAAGAGAUGAUUUCCCUGUACGGUGCAAAAAGCUUUCCGUUUACAGAAUCAAGAAUUGCAGAGAUAGAAGAAACCCUGAAAAGAGAAGGGGAGAAGCUGCCGCAGCAAGUGAAGGACAUGAAACAUGAGCAUGUACUGAAACUGGAUAUGGCGAAGGCGUACGUGUGUGAUGAAUGCAAGAAGCAAGGCAAGUACUGGGCGUUCUCUUGCGAGGUCUGUGAUUAUGAUCUUCAUCCGACAUGCGUCCAAGACCAACAAGAAUUGUAAACAUUAACUACUACUUCUAGAUUAUAUUUUAUAUAUGUAUAAACCGAUGUUAAAAUUAUAAAGUCAAUAAAUU